AUGGAUCCUCUUAGUAUCGCCAGCGGCGUGGCUGGUCUACUAACAGUCGCAGCCGCCAUCAUCAAAGCCUUUGACAAGAUAAAAACAAACAUGGAAGAUUGUCCCAGAACAGUUGAGUGGGCACAGGCCGAGACCAGCGAACUUCACUGGGCUAUUAACCGACUUAAGAGCAUAAUCGAUGACCCCAACUCAGUGGCCAAGACUUCAGGCACGUCGCUAGGUCUUCAUGAUGCGACUGUCACCAUCAGCGAGUUAGUAACGACCUGUGAUGGCCUCAUCGAGGUUCUCAAACCGUUUGAUGAUAACCGUGCUCUGGCUCGGACGAAGCUGGGCAAGGUCAAGUGGCUUCGGGUGCAGGACGACGUGGUCAAGUACGUACGUGAGAUACAAGCUCACAAGGGUUCUGUGACUCUUAUCCUGAACAUAUUGCAAUGCGAUUCAGACGUAGUAAUUAUCGAAUCACAAAACAAAUUGGCCAGAAAGAUUGAUAAAAUCGUACGAAACAGCGAAUUGACUCAAUUGCGCGUGGAGAAAAUAGAAGCCAUGUUCAACACAUACAUCAUAGAGAACCCAGCUUUAUUCCCCUCUAACAGAUCAUCUGUGGGGACGACACUGGCUAACUGGAAGGAGGAAGAGGACGGUGACACGGACAACUCAUCUGUAGCCACGUCUCACAAAGAUCACGAGGAUUGGAAUACAUUUCGUUCGAUUAAUGAAAGAUCUUUGAGUUUUCCCUCGCAGGGAGCGACUGUGCCUCAGAUAGCUCGACCUGUGCCGAAGCGCACUUCUUCAGCGGAAAUUUCAACCAAGACGGAGAGCAAUGGUGUCUCUUCACCACCACGAAGGGAAUUCGAAGAAACCCUUGAGAAUUCGGGUGUUUAUCAACGCGUUUAUAACUCUACCGACGCCUUUUCGAUAUACUCUGCUCGCAAUCGAUCCGUGGCAGGUUCAGUUAUGACCAGCUUCAGUCUCGCCGACAAGUCAUCCAUCCUCUCAGCAUUUCCCAUCAUGAGCAGGACCGAGCUGAAGCAUCCCGAGUACUACGCACACAUGGCCGGAAACCAGCGCAUAUCCAAAGACUUGAUGAGAGCUAUCACAAUGCGAAGUGUCGUCAAGUCUCCCAUAGAACCCAGCCCUGAAGCACCAUUUUCUCUCAAGCAGUUCCGUCCACCUCCCAACUGUGGGGAGAACGUCAUUGGCAGAUGGAGCAACUCUCGGACAAAGACGUGGAAGUCUAAAGAGUUUCGUACAGAGAUCCAGUUUGAAGUUCCCUUUAUCUUUGUAUCGACUCCGGGAUCAACUGAGGGAUACAUCGAAGGUGCGCAGGUGCACUUCAUCGAUGGAACACGAAAGAGUCUGGAUGCUACACGCACAGAUCUCGAGCCACCUCCUACAAGCACGAGGACCAAGACAGGCAGGGUUGUGAAGAAUGAACGCGCGACGUGGCUCACACUCCUGUCGAGUCUGCAAAAGAUGGAGAAUCAGUCUCAGAACUGGACGAGACAGCAGAUCAUGAGUCUCAGACCGCGACCAGCCAGUGCUCAAGCAAUACUCAGCUCCGUCGCAGGCAAGCACAGUCUGCGAGCAGCUUUGCAAUGUGAGAGAAAAAGCUGGGAUGAUAUGCCCCCUUCAGUAAACCGUCCAUAUGCAACCACCACCAUGAGCCAGCUGAUAGAAAUGCUUGCCAUGUUGGGCAUAUACUGGCGUGACUUUAACCCGACCUACAACAUCUACCAAGCUGAAGGGAACGGGUUCCUUGUUAAAGGCCACAAGAUUAGUGGUCUUGGUGUUAUGUUUUACCUCCAGGCUCUGGACAAGACUGUUUUUGAAGAGAACAGACUGGUUCCCAACAGAGAGGUUACGAGACUUGCCUUUGGACAGCUUCCGACCAUUUUUUCGCGUGUUGUUUGUUUGGGGAGUCGAAAGGAUAUGGCUGAUACUCUGGCUACUUUUGGAUGUAAUCGCAAGUCGUCAAACUAUUUCCUACGAGAUGGUGCUGUAACAUCUCAUAUCUUCCCAAUAACAUUUGAACUUAUGGGAAUGAUGGGUCAAGUAUUCCACAUCAAGGAUCUCUGCUUCAGAUACAUACCGAACCCAUGUUACUGCACCUGGAGCACAAGAGGAUUCUCUCUAACAAAGCUACUCAUCUCGUAUCGAAAGUACUUACAUGACGAUAAAGACACGGCACAUGGACAGCUGUUUGUUCACCUCAAUACUCUCUUGGCCCCAAAGACGGAGAUCCAACUUCAACGAGAUAUUCCAACCAACUAUAGCUGGCAAGCUCAGGAUGCUCUACAUUCUGUACUCGAAGAGCUGGACGAGACGCUCAUAAAAUCUACGCAAACGCCGCUUGUACAGGAUAUUAUUGGCUCUCACUUUGAUGAGGUUCUAUCCCAAAUGAAUGGCCAGACAUUCCCGCGCUUGAACAGUAGCGACAAAGAAGAAAUUCUGAUGGCAACUUAUUUCCAACAAAUCCUCCCAGCCGUGCAAAUCUCCUGCUCAGCCAGAUUCUUCAACUUGAAGACGGCUGAUUCCGAAUUUAACGUAGUCAAAGGGGGACAUGCCCAGACAGCAGAGUACGUAUCGUACCUUUUGGCUUGCAAGGAGUUGUGGUGCACUCUUGUUCUACGGAUGAUUUGCUGGCUCAUGUUGCAUGAUUUUCAUGAUGAUGAUGUGCAGAUUCCAAAGGGGGAUUUGUAUGGGAGCAAUAUGCGCGUGUAUAUAUCGUGA